GAGAGGGGAACACAACAUCAUUGGUUUUGGUUUGCCAAUAUAUGUAGCGCAAUAAAAGGGAAUCUAAGACCCUUUUUAGCAUACAACACGAGAGAUCGAAAGACUCGUUCCUCCUUUUCUCUCUCCUCAAUCAUCCUCCCCAAAAAGUCCCCCUCUCCUCUCAAUAUCUCCUUACAAGCACACAUUUUCAGAUAACGUCUCAUCAUUUUUUAUUUUUAUUUCAAAUAAAAGUCAAAAAUAGAUUGCCUAAGACAAAUAAUAACAACAUAGAUUUUCCCACAUAAGAGAAAGAGAGAGAAAAUAAUAACUAAGAUUUCUCCCAUUUUUCCUUCUUUUUUUUGCUGGAAUUUCUACAAUUGAACAAAUUCGACGCUGUUGAAGCUGCAAAACAAGGAUCAUCGGAUCUAAAGAGGUGAUUUGUGUGGUUCGAUCCGACAUAACGGCCAAUUUUAGCAGAUUGAAUGGACAGUAACGGUGGUGGCGUAGCUACUGCUGUUACUUCUCGGAGACUGACAUCCCACCACUCAACCCUUCGCGACACCUUCAUUGCGGCGGAUCUGUCUGAUGCAAUCCACCGUGAAUUCAGCAAUAAUUCCAUCUUAGUAAAUAACAGCAGUAGCCCAAGAAGGGUAUCAAACGUCACGCUGGGUGCUGUACUCAACAGCGACAGGAAAUCGCCCCCACCGGCUAACGUAGUUGUCCGAACCCUCCUUGAGGUUAUCCGCAACGACGAGACCCUUACCCCUGCAACUACUGGAGGAGGCUCCCCUCACAGCAAGAAGACUUGGAAAUCUUUUAAAGAACGCCUUAAACUCAGGAGGCAUCACCAUUUAAGUCAGAAUCAGAAUCAGAAUCCAAAUUCCCACCGUUGGACGUCCUCUUUGCCAGUCCCGCAAUCAGACGUGAUACCCAACUCGAGAUCAUUAUCGAUAGCAGAAAUGAUGGCAAAUAGGAACUCCCUUAGGAGCACUUCACUCAGGAGAGUUGAUCCAGUUCCAGCUGAUGACCUGACCUUGAGGGAACAGACUGAUAGUGGUGGGUCUCCUAGGAGUGGCAGUAGCUUCAGGCUGUCUGCAGCUUUGGCUGCUGAGAGGGAGCAAACUCGUAGAUGGUUAUCAAGGGAGCUUGAUGAGGGUAACAGAAGUAGGAAUGAGAAUGAGGAAAAUGAAGGGUCUCCUCAUGGAAAUUUAGAUGAGGAUGAUGAUGAGGAGGAUGGAGAAGGGAUUCCUAAUAUAGGGCCUCCUGCAAAUCAGCCAAUGAGAAUGUCGUUGAUGGAUUUGUUAGAGGAGACGGAUCGACAGGCUGGUAUAAGUGGACCUACAUACAGGUUGGAUGACGAAGAAGAAGAAGAAGAAGAGGAGGAAGAAGAGGAAGAGGUAGAGGUGGAAGAGGAGGUAGAGGAGCUUGGGAAAGGAGAGUUUUCUUGUUGUGUGUGUAUGGUGAGGCAUAAAGGUGCAGCAUUCAUUCCUUGUGGCCAUACGUUUUGCAGGUUAUGUUCCAGGGAGCUCUUUGUUCAGAGAGGAAACUGCCCACUUUGCAAUAAUUUCAUCUUGGAGAUUUUGGAUAUCUUCUAAAGUUAAACACUUGAAUGAUAAUGAGGUUGAACUGCAAAAACUCAAAUGUCAAGAGAAAACAGUAGCAACCAUCUUCAGUUAAAGUAUGUCGAUUGUCAAAUAUGGGGAUGUGAAUCCCAUUUCAGAAUCAGGAAGGACUUUUUUUUUCUUGGUUUAAACUUUUAAUCACGCGGUUAAGGAUAUCUGCUUGUGUAUGUAUAUUGUGUCCUCUAUAGUCGAUAGAUUUUUACGAAA